AGACGGGCGGUCCUGCCUCCUACUCCUAGUCUGGCAGAGGCAGUCGGGACACCGGGCGCUUCCGCUUUCUCCAUUCGGAGGGGAGCUAAGCAAAGAGGGACUAAUCUGAUUAGAAGUGGUGCGCACCCUUGCAGUUGUGUCAAUGAGCGAUUGUUGACCCUCCCGGUCAUGGCGAUCCUAAGACUCGUAUUCCUGCUCUCUUGGGCGGCCCAUUCAGGAGGUCAGUAUGGAAACCGGCUGAAUAAGUACAUUAGACAUUAUGAAGGACUGUCAUUUGACAUGGAUUCUUUACACCAAAAACACCAACGUGCCAAAAGAGCAAUAUCACAGGAUGAUCAGUUUGUACAUUUGGAUUUCCAUGCCCAUGGCAGACAGUUUAACCUCCGCAUGAAGAGGGACACGUCUCUGUUUGCUGAGGAUUUGAAAGUGGAGAUUGGCGGUGAAACCAUAAAUUAUGAUACCUCUCACAUAUACACUGGGCAGUUAUUUGGUGAACAGGGGACCAUGAGCCAUGGAUCUGUAGUUAAUGGUAGAUUUGAAGGGUUCAUACAGACACCCCAAGGAACUUUUUAUGUAGAACCUUCAGAGCGAUAUUUCAAAGACAGAUCUGUUCCAUAUCACUCAGUCAUCUAUCAUGAGGAAGAUAUUCAGUAUCCUCAUAAAUACGGAGCACAGGGAGGGUGUGCUGAUCAUUCUGUGUUUGAAAGGAUGAAGAAAUAUCAAAUGACUGCACAGGAGGAGCCAGUGGAACAGGUGAAUGAGAAACAUGAACAUGACUAUCAUGAAAUAAGUGGCCCUGUCAUCUUAAGGAAGAAGAGAGCGGCACAAGCGGAGAAAAAUACCUGCCAGCUCUACAUUCAAACAGAUCACUUAUUCUUCCGACGCUAUGGAGAAACAAGAGAAGCAGUUAUAGCCCAGAUUUCCAGCCAUGUGAAAGCGAUAGAUACAAUUUAUCAGUCAACAGAUUUUAUGGGAAUUCGAAAUAUAAGCUUCAUGGUGAAACGUAUUAGGAUCAACACUACAGUAGACGAGAGAGACCCUUCAAAUCCCUUUCGGUUUCCAAACAUUGGAGUUGAGAAGUUUUUGGAGCUAAAUUCAGAACAGAACCAUGACGAUUACUGCUUGGCUUAUGUAUUUACAGACAGGGAUUUUGAUGAUGGCGUCCUUGGCCUAGCAUGGGUUGGUGCACCCUCAGGCAGCUCCGGUGGGAUAUGUGAGAAGAGCAAGUUGUACUCUGAUGGCAAAAAGAAGUCACUGAACACUGGAAUCAUCACCGUUCAGAACUAUGGCUCUCAUGUUCCUCCUAAAGUGUCACAUAUCACAUUUGCACAUGAAGUUGGACAUAACUUUGGUUCUCCACAUGAUUCUGGUUCUGAGUGCACACCAGGUGAAUCAAAAAAUAUAGGAUUUAAAGAGAACGGCAAUUUUAUUAUGUAUGCCAGAGCCACAUCUGGAGAUAAGCUCAACAACAACAAAUUCUCCAUCUGCAGUGUUAGAAACAUCAGCCAAGUUCUAGAAAAGAAGAGGAAUUCGUGUUUUGUAGAGUCCGGUCAGCCUAUCUGUGGAAAUGGACUGGUUGAACAAGGAGAAGAAUGUGAUUGUGGUUAUAGUGACCAAUGUAAAGAUGACUGUUGCUUUGAUGCAAAUCAACCAGAAGACAGGAAGUGCAAGUUAAAACCUGGGCGACAAUGCAGCCCCAGUCAGGGACCAUGCUGCACUCCACAAUGCACCUUUAAGCAGAGGAAUGAGAAAUGCCGUGAUGAAUCUGACUGCGCCCAGAUGGGAACCUGCAAUGGCGCCACUGCUCAGUGUCCUCCUUCUGAACCCAGAGAAAAUCUAACCGAGUGUAACAGAGAGACUCAAGUCUGCAUCAAAGGGCAAUGUGCAGGCUCUAUAUGUGAGCGGUAUGGAUUAGAAGAAUGCACAUGUGCCAGUACAGACGGAAAGGAUGACAAAGAGCUGUGUCAUGUCUGCUGCAUGGAGAAAAUGAAAGCACAUACUUGUGCCAGCACUGGUUCAGAGGUUUGGAAAGCUCACUUUAGAGGCAAAACUAUUACAUUGCAGCCUGGUUCACCCUGCAAUGAUUUUAAAGGAUAUUGUGAUGUGUUCAUGCGAUGUCGAUUGGUGGAUGCUGAUGGUCCAUUAGCCAGACUGAAAAAGGCCAUUUUUAACCCAGAAUUGUAUGAAAAUAUUGCAGAGUGGAUUGUGGCACAUUGGUGGGCUGUUUUGCUUAUGGGAAUAGCUCUGAUAAUGUUAAUGGCUGGAUUUAUCAAAAUAUGCAGUGUCCACACGCCAAGCAGCAAUCCGAAGUUGCCGCCACCUAAACCUCUCCCAGGCACCUUAAAGAGGAGGCGACCACCACAAACAACUCAGCAGCCUCCACGCCAGAGACCCCGAGAAGAUUACCAGAUGGGACACAUGAGACGUUAACUGCAGCUUUUUUUGCCUUUGGUUCUUCCUAGUGCCUACUAUGGGAAAGAUUCACUCCAAAGAAAAAUCUACCAACAUUCACUAUCCCUUCAUUAGCAAUUAAAAUUAGAUCCUGUUAAAAAAGCAAGAUCAUUACAUACAAGAAGAGUUUUGCAUUUUUUCCCUUUUAAAAUUGAGAAACAGAUGAAGAAAUAACCGAGCUGUGUGGGUUUUUUUUUCUGUCAUAAAACCUUUUUUUAACUCUUCUAAUGGCACAAGUAUUUAACUAUUACAAUGCUUUCAUUUAAUGUCAUCCUUCCAUUCCUCUGCUUCUUGUUAACUUCCAGUGAAACUUUUACCCAGUCAUUGAACAACCUGUCUUUUUCAACUGCCAAUCAAGGCUAGGAAGGUAGACCACCUCAGCAUUGGAGACAUCUCUUGCCAAUGUAUAUAAAUUGUUAUAUGCAGACAUGUAUUUCUAAUGUACAAACGUACGUCUAUGUGCAAUUGUAAAAAACAAAACAAAAAAAACGAAUACUGUAAUUGCAAUAUGGAUAUGUUUGUAUUAUAAACAUUGUUUUUCCACUCUAAAUGAAGACAUUACUGUUUAAGUGACAUACUCAGGAUAACAGAGGAUUUGAUGUAUAAAGCGACUGUUUUUUUUUUGGUUUUUUUGGAUUCUUUUACUAGCAGUGAAAAGAGAAAUCCAUCUGCAUCUUUUUCGAUAAUCGCCUUAGUUGAUUUCUUCAUUUCAUCGUUUUACUCCCAAGAGUUGCUAUUUCAAAUAGCAUCCAAGACUGAACGUUUUUUUUUGGUUAAUAAUAAGUUACAGUUCUAUAAUACAAGACACCAUUCUGGAAAAUAAGACUAUUUUUCUGAUGAUUUUAAUAUUUUCCUCUAAUCCUUCAAAUGUCAGCUCCUGAUAUUGUAGGCAUGUAAUUUUAUUAAAGAGAAAGGCCUUCUCUAAAAUUUUCUUUUUAAGAAAUCCCUUGACCAAGGAGUAGUUGUACAGUAUGAUAUUUUAUGUUAGGAGAUGGAUUAAGGAGUAGCAAGUUGAAAGUGUAUUCCUCCCAUACUGUUGAUAAUACGUCCAGAGGAUAAUGUGCGCAGCAUAAAGCUGUGUAGGUAAAUAACCACUAAAGGUAGAUUUGUGCUCGACACCCUAUUUCUACAAUGCCAGAGUUGUUGGUAUUUGAUUUUAGCUACCUUCUAAAUUCAACGUAAUAAAAGUUAAAUGUCAUUGCCAUUUCCAAUUUUGAACAGUAAUCAUAUGUAAUAUGUUCAUGCAGGUAAUACUAUGCAUGCAAUUAUUUGGGCAUUAAAAAGGCUUCUUAUUUGCUAUUUAAGUUCCAUAUGUACCAGUAGUUUGGGAUUGACCAAAAUGGAUUGUGCAUCUUAGUAUGGGUUGAAUAGUAUCCAUUUAUUUAUGCCCAAAAAUAAAUAACACACACUUUUGCUGCCAGAGAGAGCUUUUCUCUGAUUGAGAGUUUGUUAAUCUUAGAGUAUAAAGUUUACACAUUCUCAUAGUUACAUGCCAGCAAGGUAAAAAAAAUACAUAGCUAAAAACAUUAAAAAAAAGUCUCUCAAGACUUAAAUACACACAAUCUCUUCCUUGUAAAAUUGUACAGUGCGUUGUGAUUUUUUUCAAAUACACAUCUUUUUGUACAACGAUUUAGAAACAAUUUUGUACAUCCCGGUCUAGUAGCUAGGUAACUAUAAAUAAUUCUGAAAUUAACCUAAAUGAAUAGCAUAGUUUUCAAAUCAUUUGGAUGCAGUUGUUUCCAGAGUAAAGGAGUGUGGAUAAUGGGUUUGAUUUUGGAAAUUGUGGGUUUAUUUGUAACUCUGUCAAUGUGGUAAAUACCUUAAAUUGUGUAAACCUUAUUUUCUGUACCCAUGUUUUUUCUGUUAAACUUUGUCUGUGGUAAUGUCUGGGGAAUAAUUCCUUGUUUUUAUUUUUUAAUUGUAAUGUUUGAUGAACAGAGAAAUGUGCACUGAACCAAUCCACAGAAAGUUAAUAUGUGGUAAGCAAAGCAGGAGAGGGUAAACAAAUUAAAUCUAAUACUACUGUCAAUUUAAUGUCCACUGUGUUUUAUACAGUAUUUUUUGUUCACUUUGGAAAUUUUUACUAAAAUUGCAAAAAAUAAAAAACUGUUGUGCAAAGAUAUGUAAGAUUUUUUUCUGAAACUUGAACUGCAUUAAUAAAUAGACUUGAUGACAA